AUGGUCGAUGUUCUAUAUUCAUUUGUUGGUAUUAAUCAACGCUUUGAUCAAUUAGUAUUUGAUCCAUUUUAUAUUCGGAAUCUUAAUAUGACCUUUGUGACGAUGAAAUCCUUUUAUGAUCGUAUGUAUUCAAUAAACAAUCAUGUCUUAGAUAAAAUUUGUAAAAAUGUGCUGCCUAAAAUGUAUCAUCAAAUAAAUGAACUCAUCGUUGAACAAAAUUCUAUGGAACGUGUUAUUCAUAAUAUUAAUUAUCCUCAACUUUAUUCGUUAACACUUUUGGAGUUUUCAAAAAAUGCGCUUUUCAAUCAUUUAACAAGUAAUAAAAUUCUUCGAAAACUUCUUAUUGAACAAAUAACACAUCUUAAAGUUGAUAUUAAUUAUGAGUCAGUAGAACCGUCUUCUGAAACUCUUGCAAAGAUGUUUGCUUUGAUUUUAUCUUUAUGUAAACAGUUAAUCAAAUUAAAUUUUUGUAAAUGGAUUCAUCGAGCACUAUACUGUACUUUUAAGUUAUCACCAAUAAAUUUCAGAUCUUCAACUUUAACUGCAUUGAAAGUGAAUGUGAAAUCUUUUGAUGAUUGUCUUUAUUUACUUGAUGGACGUUUGAAUUGUUUAUCAAAAUUGAGUAUAGGUAUAACAAUAAUUGCAGAUACAUCGGGAACUAUCGAUAACACAAAAAAACUUCCCAAAUUGAAACACUUCUCAUUAAUGUCGUAUCCACAUAUACUUUUAUAUGAUAGUUUAAUUGUUCCAUUACUUCGACGAAUGAUAAAUCUUGAAAAUUUGAUAUUAUAUUUAUCAAGAAUAAGAAAUAACAAGAAUUAUAUUGAUGGUAAUGAAUUAUAUAAUGAUAUUCUUAUAUAUAUAUGCCACAAUUAA